AUGACAGAGCAAACUUGCCACCCUCUGUCACCCCGAAAGCGCUCUCGUUCUUCACAGUCUCCAGAGUACACACGAUCUUCAAAGCAAGACUGCCUGUCGGGUUUCCCUCAGUUCGCUUACCCCACGCCUCCAGAUUCAAUGUCGACGACAUCAGAUAUCAGCUCUGUCGUGGGUGAAACGUCCCCACGUAAGAGACAGCGUAACCAUGAUGGUGUUGGGCUGGCGGAGGAAUUGAAGAUCGAAGAAUACCUCUACAGCAUCGACGCCUACCGGGUCACUACGGCACCAUUUCCCUUGCCGUACCCGCUAAAGCUGGAAUCUGCUCCAAGAGACUUGACAGACCAGUUUCGGGCAAACUGGCACGCCAUCAGGGAGAUGUUGCACGAACAAGGCUUCCAUGACAACUGGGAGCUGUUUCCCGUCAACUUGUCAAAACCUGGCUACCUGGCAGGCCACCCCCCUCGACCAACAGUCAUGGCCCAUGUUAAAGGCCCAUGCUCAAGGCUUGCGCCAUUUCGAGAUCACCUCAACCGAUUCCUGGUAGCCAAAGGAAUUUUCGCCGAUGUUGAGGUCGUCGAUGUGGACAACUGUUACCAGCCGGGUUUUUUCGCUAUCCCACCAUCCCACCCAGCUGUCGAGGUCUAUGAAAAAAUUAGACCUCAGCUGUUGAAGCAGCUCCGCACGCAAAUUCCUUUUGAAUGGACGUCCCUCACCCUCGCUCUUCUUGGCCGAGAACUGUAUGCUGCCUCGCCAAGUAUCGUCGUCACAGUCAACCAGCAGAGUUCCCACAACUGGUUUGACCUGUUGGCGUGGGUUCGCGCAUUGGUCUCCAGGAACAGUCCGUCAGGCCUUGCUAUCAAUGUUGACUUCAUCCCGGGGCGCUUUGAUUCAUCCCCAAAGCACUUCACUCCGUCGCAAGGCGAGAACGAGGUUUUGGGGAAGCACCAGUUCAAGUCGUGUGGGGCUGAUGGGCUUUUCCCCCUUGGCUUAUCGAUUGGCGAGUCAGGCCAGUCGAGAGCAGGCACAAUGGGUGGAUUGGUGAAUUUUACCCUGAACGGCCAGACCUACAAGUGUGGCAUCACCAACCACCACGUUAUACAACCCACGGUCUCGGGGAACGAAGUUGAUAGCCGGGCAAAUCAAUUCGGCGUGCCGAUUUCCCAAACAGACAAGUUGAGCACCCGCAUGGAAGUCUUUGCCUCAAAUGAUGUCGCGGCGACUGUUCUCUUCGUUGACGAAGAGGUGGCAGAGGUCGAAACGACGGUCGCGGGGUUGGAAGAGACGGCGCUCAGGGCCGAGCUGAAGCACGGCAAGGUUCCUGAGACUCUCCAAGUAGUGCUAGAGAGUACACGUGAAAACCUUGCAUGCCUCACUAAGGUGCGAGCCCUUCUCUCCCAACUACCGCUACCAUUGGGCAACGUUCUCUGCUCAAGCGGCCAAGGGGUCUGGGAAGGUCGCCUGCAAGACUGGGCCCUGAUCGAACUGUCUAAUGAGGCUCUCGCUCUCAUGGAGCCGACAGUUGACAUGGAUAGAGUCUGGCGGAUGAUUGAUAGGUCGCCACCCUCCCCCGCUUUGGUCGCCGCCAGAGCUGCAGAACAGGUAAUUUUCCCGGAGAAACGUUUCGGACAAAUCGUUCCCGGGAAAUGGUACACCCGUACUGGGAGGACUUCGGUGGUUUCAGGAAUCGCUAAUGGCGUCCAUGUGUGCAUGAACUGGACUGCGAAUGACAUGAUCCGAUACGAUCUGUCCGGGUCUGCAGUCACCAUGGAGCAUAGCGAAACUGAAGAACACUUGAUCAUCGCCCAGACCGAACAAUCCAUGCCCAUGUCACAAAUGUUUGGCCUGCCUGGGGACUCUGGGUCUUUGCUCCUAGAUCAACACGGGACCAUCUGCGGGCUGUACUACGGGAACGUCACGCGCUGGGCGGAAGCUGACGGGUGGGUCAAAGGAAAUGCCGGUCUGGCAAUGUCGAUGGACGAUGUGGAAAAAGGCAUGAAGAGUAGACUCGGUUCAGACAUUGUCUUAAGUCCCGCAUACUGA